GCUCUAUAGGCGGUCUAAUCCCCAAUUGACGCUACCGUCUUCGGAGCUUUUUUUAUAGCAAGUUCACUGGUCAAAGAUGACUGACCUCGAUCUUUAUAGUGAAAUUGUGGCUGAAGAUGAUGAAAAAAGACUGGAAUAUCUGUGCAGUUUGGAUGUGGUAUCAAAGUUUUCAUGAAAUUUGCUCUAUUGAUUUCUAUAGAUUUUUCCUACUGUUGCUUUGACUCGUUAUAUCUAGUUUUCAAACAACAAGACGUCGCACGCAUCAGUUCCAGUAUCAAGUUUACUUUAGUAUCAGGGGCCAAUUUGUUUCGACCGCUCUCAUGGUCAACGUAAAAUUAGACAUUGUUCUACACGACAAAAACAGACUUGUUAUUGGGAAACAACUGCCUUGGUGACGUACCAGAAAUAUUUUAGGACAGUGUGUCGAAAAUCGUCUGAUAUCAUCAUAAUUUACAAAUAAGACGCAUUUUGUGUGGCAAGGAGCGUGUAGGCAGUUAUCAAGUUACAGUCUUUAGAUCAUACCUAAUUACUCUGGAAACUAUUCAGAAUUUGCCAUGGUUGUUGUUAUGGCUUUUGUUCUUUAGUUUUAUUGCUGCACGCUAAGAACUUAAAGCUGAUGUCAUCUUUCUUUCUUAAAGCCCGAACAUGUACGUUCUCUCCAAUGCCAAUCUUCAUUAUUGGAAGCUGAAGUUGAGGCACUGAAUGCACACGUCAGUCGUCUAGAGAAAGAACGCUUGGUUUUAAUUGCUAAAAAAGACCAAAUUACAGACAACUUCUUCCGCUUGGGACUUGCUUGUCGCAGAGAGAUAGAGAAGCUAAAGUCACAAAUCAAAUUACUUUGCACGAAAUAUAGGGUUCCGGAGCCAAAAGCAGUUAGCCAAAAGAAUUUGAAUUGUGAUACCCAAAUAAACCCCGAGAAGCAGAAUUACUACACGGACCUAGUAGCAUAUUUACAUUCUGAUCGUCCACCUAUCAAUAUAUACUCUGGUAACAAUGUGCCGAAUAAAAGUCUUAAUGUUGUUUCAAAGUGCGAUGCAGUUACACAGACUGAACAUGUUAAAAAAUAUAAUUCACAUUCAUCUGGGUCUUCUUUCGGUUCACAGUCAUCACGUUCAGUGUCUUCAAGCUCGUCAUCAUCAUCAUCUACAUCAUCUUCCAGUUCUACUAGUCAGGACCAACCUACGUCUCAAACUUGUUUAAUGAAUAGUGGACUCUCACAUAGCUUCCUAGACCCAUCUGUAGAUGGUAAAUCGUUACUAUCACAUUCACUGUCUGUAGUUGAUGUGGGUGGAAAGAACCUAGAGAAUUGUAGAUGCCGUGACUCAGUUAAACAUGGAGUGUAUGAGAAAUCCUGUGAACUCAAGCAAAAUGGUGCUUUAUCUGGUAGUUCACGUGUCAAUAAACGGCUUAAUCGCUCUAAUAAGAAAUCUGGAGAUAAAAGUAUGCCAGCUUAUAAUGCAGAUAAACAACUUCCUAUUGCUGACGAAUGUAGGCGCAAAUAUACUAAAACAAUUCAUGGGCAGUUCUUUUCUAAAUCUCAUUGCUUUCAUCAAAGGAAACAAAAAGAUGAUGAAGUUGCAAGUAAUCCAGGAAGAAAAACAGACACAUCAGAAAGCAGAAUUUUAUCAAUGCGAGGAGUUAGAAAAUUUUCAUCGCCAUUAAAUAAUAGUAUAAACAAACACUCUUCUGUUCGAAGUUCUACUUCAAAGGACUUUAGAAUGGUUCAACAUGUUUCUCCUUCCUUACCUAGACUCACUCAAAGUAAGACUAAUGAAUCUUGUACUGGUCCAGAUUCAUCUUGCAGAGGUCAUGUUCCGAAUCAUCUCCUGAAAGCCGUAGAAGGUGCCAUACGAUUAUCUCGAGAUCACCAUGCAGUUCGCAGACAACAUAAUGCAGCCAAUUCUAUCCACCGUGAUCGAUAUUCAAAACACUUACACCGUAAAUAUCAAACUCAUACCGAAAUAUCUCGUUUGGAAAGUGGUGAUUGCUCAAGCGAACCCGAAAAACGAACUAGGGAAGCUAGUUGUACACUGUACACAAGACGUCUACGUUGUAAAGGCGAUAGUACAAAUAUGAUCGUUGAGUCAACUUCUCGAGAACCGAAUGAUUCAGGUCACAAACCAGAUAAAGAAAGUGAUCAGUUAACUUCUAAUGAGAAUUCUACACCUAAUGCUUUAAUUCCGGAUUCAUCAAACACUGUUGGUGAUAUUCACCUUCUUAGAGAUUAUUCGACUCAGGAAAUCGUCCAUGACUCUAAUGAACAUGUAACAAACUCUAUCAACCCAUCUGAUCAAUCUUCAAAUCAGUUCUUGCCAAAAAACGCUUCAUUCUCCCCUAUAGAAAACAAAAUUGGCGAAUUAGUUAUUCCAGAAGUCUUGGGACUCACUCCACCUAUUUCUCAUGAUCAGGAUUGUGUUGAAGAUAAAACUGCUUCGCCUCUCACAAGAAAAAUACCGAUUCAACCAGAAGAUUCAUUUGCCCAUACUAGUAGCAAUAACAGCCGGUCACUCUGCAUCAGUUGCCAUUCUCAUUCAAGAUCGGACCAUUCUUUAACGGAGUCAGACCACUCUGAAACCUGUGGUGGGGGAAUAGAAAACCAAGAAGAGGGUGAAGUCGCCGAUGACGUAGACGAUGACGAUGACACUGAAGUGUUCAAUUCUUCACCUUAUGCAGCUCGUACACGCAAAAGAUGUUGGUCUCGUCCAUCACCUACCAGUUGUAAAACUCCAAAGAUUUCCUCAGAUUUACAUGUUAUUGAGUCCACAAACGUUUCGAUCUCUGAAAAUUCAAAAAAUAUCUCACCGUACCCAAAUAUUGAACAGCGGAGAUGGAGCAGAUGUUCACAACACUAUGAAAAAGAUGGUUCCAGGAACUCUAGUUCUGGUUUUAUGGAUUUGACAUUACGAGCCUCUCCCGGAUACGAAGACCAACACUCCUCCAAUCCAAAUACUUCAAGAUUUUCCCAUUCACCAGAAAGUCAUCGGAAUCAUGGGUCACAAUAUGCCUCAUCCAUUUCCAGAUCACCUUCAUUAAGAAAUUCUCGUAAUGAACACUAUCGUCAUCACCCUAAUCGGUCAUCGAACUCUGCUUCUAAAUAUCAUCCUUGUCAGCGUCAUUACAAAUCCCCAGAGAGGAGUGUCCGAGAUUUCACCUCUGGAAAGCACAAUAAAUCAUCUGUUUCAUCAAAUCAGCCGAAAAGACGUACUCACCAUUCUCCAGUACCACCAACUAAUCCUAAUUCAUCUUUCCGUCGAUUCGAACGUGAACGAAUAAAUCUUCACAACAGACGGUUUCGUGCUAUAUCUCCGGUGAUAAAUAGAAAUACGUAUAGAAGAAUCGGCAUUAAUUCUUUAAAAGUGUCUGGUCCACGCUUCAACCGUACUCAUCACCAAAGAAGAUUUUAAACAUAUAUGCAAAUUACUGUACAGCUUCAAAUCUCACAUCCUUUUUUAGAGAAAUCGAAGAACAAAUAUAUUAGCUAUUUUUCCUUUGGAAGUUAUUCUGUCUGUAUUUUCUUAUUUUUGUUAGCUUCUAAUUUUUGGUUGCCUACCAUGUUCUCAGUAAAAAUAAAAGUUUACACUAAGCG